AUGCGCAAGUCGGUCCAUUUCCAUCUUGACCUUGGCUCGCCUCCUAGGCAAGAUGGUGUCCUGCAGAGGGAUAGUGCCCUGGGCCAGGCUGCAUUCGAGGAUUCUUCAAUGGACUCUCAUUCCAUACCAACACAAAUGAAUGAGCAACUUGUUAAAGAUCAUCUGCCUCAUACCGGAGAACUGGGAAUUCCUUGGUUGUCGGUGUAUCGUCCUGUAAAAAGUUGCCAUGUUAUUUUGAAAGAUAAAACUGGGACUUUUUCUCCUCCAUCAUUAAACAGGUCUGAAACCAAUAACUGGUGCAACUGGACCAUAUGGGCUGGUUCUCACAAGCAUAUCCUGAUUUACAUAGAAGGGUUUGAAGGAAAGUCAAACUGUGAUGACAAUCAGGAUAAGAUCUUAUUCCAAGGAGUUUUGUCAAGUAUUGAAAACAAAGUAGUUUAUGCUUGCAGAAACCAUGGUACUCUGAUUUUUGCUACCCAAGCAGUAGCAGUCUAUGUAGUGUUUUUGUCAGAAGUUUCUUCUCAGAACCAAAGUCAUAAGCACUUUAAAGGACGGUAUUAUAUAUUUGAAGAUCAUGUAAAUUCUACAAGUGGUGAAAAAUCAGUUUUGAAAUCUAACAGCAGUUGUGGAUCUAAGUCAUAUGUAUUGCAUACAAGACACAGUUUGAACUCUACAGCGACUACCCCAACGCUUGGCAAAGAGAAUUGGCUGUCUGAGACAAAUGAAAAGACUAUUAAAACUGGGACAAAAACAUUUUUAAAACCAGCUGUUGGCAAGCAUAUGCAUGUUUCUCUCUUGAAAUCAACAAAAACAGUUAGCUUGAAUUCAUUUGAUUUGAAGAGAAGGCAAGUUACAAAACCAUCUGUUGACAAUGGUAGGACUUUGAACGAAAGCCCUACACUAGGAUCAGAGUCAAAUGAUGCAAAGAAUGAGGAAGAAGCUUUUUCACACAAGCCAGAUGUUUAUUCAACUUCUCCACCCACGUCUCAUAAUCCUCAAAUGAUGACAACAUCAUUGGAAGCAACAAAAAAUCAUGGAGCUAUGACUGAUUUUGACGGUCCUCAGAAUGAUGGUUCUACAACCACACGAUGGGUGGCAACACAUGUGAGAAGUAGUGAAGGGGAAAUCACGACUGCUAUUACUUUUCUGUUGGAAGAACAGAGAAUUCCAGUCCAAUCUCUUAAAAGUAUCCCACCAAAGAUGCAGAAACAAAUGCUUCAAAUGCUGCUUCCUAAUUCUGAGGUUUCCAAGAAAAAGGCAGAUUUAACGGAACCUCCACAACACUUGGAACAGACCAAAAUAUAUGAACAAGAGCAGAUGAACAAUCAAGUGUCUACAGCGGAGAAUGGCAACACUGCUGUGCAAAUAACUGUAUCUGAAGGAAUUGAGGCAAGCCCCUCCAAGUCUACUAUGGAAACCAAAUCCCAUCAUGCCCUGAUUUUAGCCUCUACUGAUAGACACCCUACUCCUUCUCUGAAGAUAUUUAACGAUUACUUGAUGAGUACUUCCACCACUGUGAAUCCCAAAGUGAUGCCUUCAAAUUGGCUGAUGAGAACUCAGAUAAACACAGCUUUUACUACACAAUACAAGAAGUCAGUAAACAGGAAUAGAGAGCAUUUGCAAAAGAAGCGGACCAAAACAACACCAACCAGUAGCAUUCUCUUGAAAGUAAGAAAUAAAUCCUAUGAUCCUGGAUUCACGUCUCAUGAAAAUUAUUUUGCAUUGAACUCUCAGCACGAUCCUGGAGAUCUUCUAUUUGAAACAGUUUUUGAAAUAGAACAGAAACGACAACUCCCGUCUGUUAGAAGCACUCUGGAAAAAGCUUUCAUUGAUUCCAUUAAGCACCAGGUACAAGAAAGAAUGAAACUCUUCUCUAACAAAAUCAAAGAAUUCAAAUUAAAGGAAAUUAUGCGAAAAGAAGAAACUGAAAUGAACAGACACAAUGGCUCAAACCUCAUAGUCACAUUCUGGUUGCAUUUAACAUCGGAAGAAAAGAACAUAUCUCACUCAGUGCAAAUUCAACUGGAAGAUCUUAAAGGUGUAUUUGUGGGAGCUGGUAAGGUCCAAACUGUUUUGGUGAGAGAUGUGAAUGAAUGCAACUCUGAAAUUGGUUUAUGUGGCAAUGAGGCCAUUUGUCUCAACGAAUAUGGAACAUACUCCUGCCAAUGUAAAGAAGAUUACGAGGACCGUUCUCUGACAAAAUCGGGUACUCUGUGUGUUCGUAAUCCACAAUCAGGUUUGGACUUUUUCUACAGCUACACUGAGUUUAUUGUCGGAAUCACUCUUUUUUGCAUCACUCUGCUCAUCGUAGUGAUCACUGUGCUGUGUACUAUCAUAAAGAAAAGAUGCAUUAGAAGAGAUAUGCGGUUCCAAGACACUGUUUCACCUGGGAUGCCAGCAGAGCCCCAGCUGCAACCAACAACCUUUGAUCAUAAUAACAUCCGUCAACUCCUUACUCUGGACCCUGCCCAGCUAAAAGUCAGAGCCAAACCACCAGAACUGCCCCUGCAAUUGAGGGCUGGCCCCAGUGAAACAUACAGAGUAUCUUUUGAGCAGUCCGAACGUUUGUGAAAAAGAAAAAGGAAAAAAAUGCAAUAAAUUGCAAUGAAACCCCUCCUUCCUCCCUAUUUCUUAUUAAACUUUUCUUUGUUGUGGCUAAGCAGAUGCAACUUUUUGUUUCUCGGUUGAUCUUACAUAAAUUGUUACACCUUUCUCCCUGUAUCUAUUUCCUCUUACGUUUAACAGAAAUAUAAUGCGGGGGAAAAUAUAUCUUUAGGUUUUUGAAUACUAAAUUGUCUGCCUGUCUUCAUACGAUAGAUAGAAAUGAAUGUAAUUACUGGAUGUAACUACUGUUUUAUUAACUAUUGUUAAUAAAAUUUGCAUCUUGCUCUUCA